UGAAUAAUAAAUAUUUAUCAUGUACGGGAAAUAUGAUAAACAAUUUAUUAUUGCCUCUAGGGCAUAUUUCCAACAAAUGCGUAAUAUAGUGAUGUCAUGUGUCUGUUUCUGUGAAAAGGUCGGUUGGCCCUUAGGACAAACAGUAGUGCUAGGUUCCAUUGUGGAAUGGUCGUUUGCCGGUGGCCUUUGUCCGUUGUAGUACGAGGGACUGGCGCAUCGCAUCCAAUCUCUCAUGUCAAUGAGUCAGUUAGAAAACUACUCAAAAUUCAUCAAUGAUUUCCCCUUUAUUUCCCUCAGAGCGCAAGGGGAAACAAGAUUGAGAAUGAAGUAAAACACACUAGAUGUUUCAUUUUUCCUAUUAUCAGUGGUCAGCUCUGAUACAAACCAAGGGGGAAAUAACCUGGAACGGCUUCUUUAUACUCGAAAGCCGUUGCCUUUCCAACUCAAAAGAAUGAAGUUGCGAAUAAAUAAAUUCUCGAUUGUGUAGGUGUUCAGUCUACCGUCAAGCUAGUUUCUGGCCAGUCUAGCUCUUACUUUCUCUCGGCAUGGACUCGAACCGCAAUUUCUCCUUUUAGUAGAUCGUGAUUUGGAUUAUGCUGUUUUGGUCAAAUCUCAGGGCUCUUUCUGAUUUGAUUAAUUACUUUCGGUCUUAUACAUAAGCGAGGAAGGUAAUCAAAAAAGAGAGAAGACGAGUUCUCCUUUCUUUUAUCACUUAGGAGCCGUGCAAGAUGAAAUUCUCAUGCACGAUUUUGCGCAAGAGAAAGAAGUGAGGAUCCUCUGUUCGACUCUGACUCCCCCACUCUAGUCGUUGCUUUUCUUUCUGUUACUUCAAAAAGUAGCUGCUUCAGCUUGAGCCCUGUGAAUUCUGGAUAUUAGGGUUACAGAGGAACUAAAGAACAUGGGCUUGAUCAAUGCAAUUAUCGCUGGUGGCCCAGCCCACGAGCAUGCCGGCACGGCCCGCCAUGGGCUAGGCACGACACAGGCUAAACGGGUCGUGCCCGACAAGUGGCACACCUUGGGCCAUGCCUGGCCCUAGAGGCCGGGCACGCGGCCGGCACGGCACGACCUUUGUUAUUAUUUAUUUUUUUCAUAAUUUUUUAUAUAUGACCUAAAUUACAGCCUAAUAGGCCUAAAAUACAGCCCAAUAAGCUCAAAAAUAGGCGGCCCCGCGUGCUAAACAUGCCACGUGCCGGCCCGUUUAGUAACCAGGCCAUGCCUAGACCAAGGUGUGACGCACGUGGGCCGGCCCGCUUUGCCAGGUCUGAGUGCAAUCAUCGCAAUUAUAAUCAGCCUUGUCUAAAAAAAGAUUAUGACCCAUGCUGGCCUUUUUUUCUGCGGGGGUGGCCGAGGAGCAGAGCAAAGCAGAGUGAAAAACUGAGGCUGUGUUCGAGACAAAGGAAUAUCACACGAAACGUGGAUGUUUUAUUUUCUGUGGUGUUUUUUCUUUAGGGCGUUCCGUGCACAGGAAGCAACAACAGGAAACCAUAGGAAUUGGACCUUUGGCAUGCCCAUUUCAAAGGAAUCUGAACAUCUACUCAUACCCAUUUUUUGACUGGAACCCGAGAAAGGCCUGCUCAGCUGCACCUUUUGCCUAUUAAAAAAUUCACACGGACAUGGGCUGCUGCCGCUGCUCUAUGUGAUAGAUAGACACAACGUUUGCAUGGUACAGUUGAUUAACUCUAUAAAAUAGUGUAGCUCCAAAGAUGCCUUCUGCUAUGAACCGAACUGCACAAUUUUUUUGUUUCCCCUGUUUACAACUCCAUAGAUUCUGGGUCGACACUCACUCCAAUUCCUGUGGAGUUAUUAUUUCCUUUGUUUUAUCUCCCUUCAUACCGAACGGGGCCUCAAGUGGGGAACAAUGGCGCUGGAAAUCGGCGGCGACGCCAAGAGGCCGCGGCCGGCGGCGGCGGCGGUAGACCACCUCUCGGCGCUGCCGGAGCCGCUGGGAGGACGACGGGAACCCUUCCCCCUCCCUCCACCACCACCUCCGCCCGCACUCCACCCCCUCUUCCAACAAGCUCCACUCCCUACUGCACCGAGCGGGCUCUUGGUGGAUUCGUUUGACUAUGUGGGGUUAGAGCCACCACCGGAUGUUUUGGAAAACCUCAAGGUGGUAAAGAUUACGAAUUUCAGUUGGAACCGCUAUGAGCUGCAGCUGGUGUUUUUUUUGUUGAGGAAGACUAGCUCUCUUCAUAAACUGGUACUGAUUACUUCCAGUUUGGAGCCGUUGCAUGUGCCCGGUAUCCAGAAGGCAGACCUUUUGUUUCUUGCACAAGCUGUGGCGAAUGGAAAAGUAAUUCUCAGUGGGUCUGACGAUGCGGCAACCCCGCCAUUUCAUUCAGAUGUCUCUGCCGACUUUUAGUUGCUAGUCAGAAGUGGAAUUAUGGCCCUAUAGCUUGUAAUAUUGUAGCACCAAGCUGCCUUUGGGGCGUUGUGACUGCCGUGAGAAACUAAAUUUGUAUGCUACAAGGAUUAGCAUGUCAUAUUUUGGUAGUGAUCAUAGCAAGCUAAUAAUGAUGGGAGUGAGGCUGUAUUGCUAGAGGUGGUGUGGUGUCGUGCAACUCAGGCCAUGUUAUUAGGCUUGGUUCAACACUGGGAGUCAAGAUCUAUACUUUGAUUUAUCUUUUGAUAUUUCUCUAUGCUAUUUUGUAUAGUCAACAAUUGAGAUUCCCUGUUUUUCAUUGAUCAUAGUAUGGCUGAGUUUGUUUCGUGAGCAACCUCCUUGCUCUUUCAGAUAUUGUUUGCUACAUAUCAUGUAACCUUGCUAUAUAUUGCCCACGCUGUAGGUAUGAACUAUUUGUUGCAUACACCGUAUU